CAUAAAAAAAGAUGUGUGAUUCUUCUCCUCAAAAGCCUCAUAUUGUUUGUUUGCCUUUCCCAGCUCAAGGCCAUGUAAACCCUUUCAUGAAAUUAGCCAAACUUCUUCAUUCCAAUGGCUUUCAUGUAACUUUCGUCAACUCUGAGUUCAUCCACAAACGCUUAGCCCAGUCCCUCGGCUCAGACUUUGUUAAGGGCUUACCGGACUUCCGGUUCGAAACAAUACCGGACGGUUUGCCGCAGUCUGAGACGGAUGCUCAGGAUAUUCCGGCGCUGAUUGAUUCAACAAGGAAGCACUGUUAUGGUCCGCUUAAAGAGUUGAUAGGGAAGUUGAACUCAUUAUCAUCUUCAUCAGGAGUUCCUGCAGUUAGCUGCAUAAUUGCUGAUGCGAAUAUGGGCUUUGCGGAAAAAGUUGCAGAUGAAUUUGGAAUACCAGAGAUUAGGUUUUGGACUGCUUCAGCAUGUGGCUUGUUGGGAUAUUUGCAGUAUGAUGAGCUCGUUAAAAGAGGCAUUUUUCCAUUCAAAGAUGAAAAUUUUGCCAAUAAUGGUACCUCGGAUGCAACUUUAGAUUGGGUCACAGGAAUGAAAAGUAUUCAACAUAAAGACCUGCCGAACUUUAUAAGAUUCAAGAGCCUAUCAGAAUUCUUGUUUGAAUAUAAAGCUUCAGUAUCAGAAGAAUGCAUGAAAUCAUCUUCCAUCAUUAUUAACACAUUCCAAGAAUUGGAAAGUGAAGUUCUUGAAGUCAUCAUGGCCAAGAACCCUAAUGUAUACAACAUUGGCCCACUUCAAUUGCUCAAUAGGCAUUUCAUUCAUCAAGAGAAGGAGAAUGAUCAGUUCAAGUCAUCAAGUGGAUUAAGUUUCUGGAAAAGUGACUCAAAAUGCAUCCAGUGGCUAGACCAGUGGAAACCAAGCUCAGUCAUUUAUGUCAAUUAUGGGAGUAUUGCUGUGAUGACUGAGCAAAACUUGAAGGAAUUUGCUUGGGGAUUGGCAGAGAGCAGGCAUCCAUUUUUGUGGAUAGUGAGGCCUAAUUUGGUCAAUGGUGAGAGUAAUAAUGAAACAUCAAAUCUUCCUAAAGAGUUCUUAGAUGAGAUCAAGGAUAGAGGAUACAUCACAAGUUGGUGUUCUCAAGAACAAGUUUUGGCUCAUCCAUCAAUUGGGGUCUUUUGGACACACUGCGGUUGGAAUUCUACAAUAGAAAGCAUAUGUGAAGGUGUGCCUAUGAUUUGUUGGCCUUUCUCUGGCGAGCAGCCGACGAAUUGUUGGUUCGCAUGCUCAAGAUGGGGCAUAGGGAUUGAGGCCAAGCAUGAAAUAAAUAGAGAACAGAUUGCUGAUAUUGUGAAGGAAGCAAUGGAGGGAGACAAGGGAAAGGAAAUGAGAAGAAUGAGUUUGGAGUGGAAGAUGAAAGCAAUGGAAGUAACUGAUGAAGAAGGAACAGCUUAUAAGGAUUUCAAAAGGUUAAUGAAAGAGAGGCUCUUUGUUACAGUGAAUAGUUCUGCUAAAGUCUAGCUUGUUUGGGUUCACCUGAGUUUUCUAUUAUUGAGAGAUGACCAACAUGAUAUCUUAAAUGUGGGACAUAGUUCAAUAAUUACUUAGAAAAUUUGUCCUUCAUUUUAGUUGAUCUUAUUAUGGGCAUUAUAGUUCAAUUUUCAAUUUAAUUAGAAGUUGAGAUUUAGAACGGGAAAACAACCUUUGUUUGUGUGUUAGGAAAAUAAGUUAUACGUGUCAAUUAGCUGAUUUUAUAUGAAACUUCAGUUUUUGAAGUUUGAUAUGAAUGUGUUCUCCCUGCAA